AUGUUUGAUUUUGGUGAUGAGUUGAUAAUUGAUAGCUACAAAAUCCCAUGGAUAAUAUGGAUUCAGCUUCUUGUAACGAUUCUGUUUAUCAUCCUUCUGUUCGGAAUCAGCGUCUGCACUUCAGGCUCCGCGGCUUCCUCCGCCUCCACCAGCAUCUCCGCUUCAACGUCAACGGGCCGCGCCGCCAUUGCGCCACCACCACCCAAUCUCAACAACCCCAGUUCUUCUCAAAGAGCCAAGGAGGAGGAAAUCCAACGAGUCGAGGGGAAUGGAGAAGCAAGUGGAGGGAUGAUCAUAGAAGAUGACCAAGAUCGAAAUGAAUCUUCGUUGAAUGAUUCUAUACCAGCUCCAAGAGCCCAAGCAACGAAAAGCAUAGGAAACAAGACUGACGAACAUAUUUGCUGUUGUCCACUUAAAAUGAUGAUGAGAAGAUGGAGAAGUACAAAAUCCAGUUUUUAA